CCCUUGACCGUUGAUACCGACGGCGCGUUCUACGCUGAGCCUGCCACCCUAACGCCUAACCCGUCGCUCACUCCCCAUUCCAUUCGUUCCCCCGAUCAACGCUCGUCGUACACCUCCUCGAAUACGCUGUCAAGCGACUCGAGCAAACCGAUGCCAUCCAAGACACCUCAUCGGACACCCAGUACGCCUGCAUACAUGAAUGGUCAUCUAGACUCGAGUGAUGUGCAUCACUCGAAUGGCCACGACGUGAUGCGCACGCGUACCAAGUCAAAAGCUGAGAAGCCGCGUCUCUUUGGGCGAACGAAGCCACCCAUGACUGCCGAUCCAACCCAUACAGGCUUCCCGACGAUCACCCAACCCAGCUCGUCGAAGUCGGGCCCGCUUUCGCCCAAAGCCAUUGGGGCGAACGCGUCGCGUUUCAUUCGGCGCGUCGCGUCAGCGCCGAACGCGAAGGGUCUCUUCUUACGGACACCAGGGACCAGUACACGGAACGGUCUGCUGUCGCCUGGCGAUCCAUCACAUACAGUCCAUGAGAACGGAUUAUCUGACCAGGGGACGAACUCUCUGGAGACGGUCUCCUCCGCCUCCUCAAGAGGGUAUCCGACCAAGGAUCGGGUGACCAAUGCGCGCAAUGGGGCAGAUGGUCCGGGCAGGGUGGCUUUCCGAAGAACGUAUUCGAGCCAUUCUAUCAAGGUCAAAUCGGUGGAGGUUGGACCGCAAAGUUUCCAAAAGAUCAAGAUGCUGGGUCGUGGUGAUGUGGGAAAGGUGUACCUGGUGCGAGAAAAGAAGACAGGUAAACUGUUCGCGAUGAAGGUCCUGUCGAAGAAGGAAAUGAUAGAGCGGAAGAAGAUCAAGCGAGCCCUCACUGAACAAGAGAUUCUAGCGACGGCGAAUCACCCGUUCAUCGUCACACUCUAUCACUCGUUCCAGUCGGAGCAGUACUUGUACUUCUGCAUGGAGUACUGUAUGGGCGGCGAGUUUUUCCGUGCACUGCAGUCAAGGCCAGGAAAAUGUCUAUCCGAAGACGCGUCCAGGUUUUACGCCGCAGAGGUUACGGCCGCUUUGGAGUACUUGCACCUCAUGGGUUUCAUCUACCGUGAUCUGAAACCGGAAAAUAUCCUCUUGCACCAGUCCGGACAUAUCAUGUUAUCAGACUUUGACCUCGCAAAGCAGUCUGGUGAACCUGGAGGCCGGCCCGCCACCAUUCACCAGGUUGAGAAUGGGAUGCCUUUGAUAGACACCCGGUCGUGUACUGCUGACUUCCGGACAAACUCAUUCGUCGGGACGGAAGAAUACAUCGCGCCUGAGGUGAUCGAAUCCUCGGGACACACGUCCGCAGUCGAUUGGUGGACACUGGGAAUCUUGAUUUACGAGAUGAUUUACGCGACGACGCCAUUCAAGGGCGAGAAGCGUAACGACACAUUCCAUAACAUCCUUCAUCUGCCUGUGCAUUUCCGGGAUUCACCUAAAGUGACUUCAGCAUGCAAGGAUGUUGUCACACGCCUGCUGGACAAGCGCGAGCUGACUCGUUUGGGAAGUAUGACCGGCGCGUCAGAGGUCAAGCAGCACAAGUGGUUUGCCAAAAUCAACUGGGGUCUCUUGCGGAAUACGCAGCCACCGAUCGUGCCGACCGUUUCUAACGGCGUCGACGCUGUGAACUUCCGACAAAUGCACGAAUCGAGUUCGCUGCAUCUCGAGAAGCAACACUCGCAGUCGCCCCAGGCCUCCCCCCGCCCCAUGUCGGCUGCUCCUAGUGCUGUGUACGGUCAGCAUCUUCCAAUCCAAGGCGUCGCUGGUUCGGGUGUUCCAGGUACGCCGGGGCUACGCGGAGACGACGGCAUGGACCCCCCGCCAGCAGCGGUCGACCUGUUUACCGGAUUCUCCAGCAUGACACUCCACUAUGACGGCGACAGUUAAUUACUCCUCGCGCGGGGCACGGGCCUCUGGGCUGAGGCGGAGACAUGACGGGAGCCUGCGCGGGUGGGUAUGUCCUGCCGUGCGGAGGCAUCCGUGUUCCGUGCCUGGGGGCGCGCUUUCUGGUGUACAUUGAUUCGAGGCUCGGCGGGGACUCUGCUGUCAUCCCUCGUCGGCCUGUGUUGCGCAUUCAUUGCUGUCUAUGGUUAUCGGAUUCACCGUGGAUGGAUCUCUUCUUCCGAUUCGAAACUUCCUGGUUGCGUUCGCGUCCGGGCUGUCAACGUCAGCGGCGGGCAGUGCGUGCUCACCCCCUCCACCCUCCUCCGCCCC